UUCUCAGUACACAUAUUCAGGAGCUAAGCUAUUCACUACCCCCGCCCCUCCGGACAUCCCACCACCCCCACCAUAUUCUCUCUUUCUCCAACUUGCUUAGUGUCACGUGUGACAUAAUUUUGGGUACAUUUUGUUAGGUUAAAUUCAGUGAUUUUCUUUUCUUCUCUUAUAUAUAACAAGCUCAUCUGAUAGAAAGAAAAAAAGUUAUGUUUGUUUUGGUCCUUUGAGAAUUCUAGUGUUUGUGCUUUUGCUUAAAUACUUCCAAUCUAAAGAUAGGUUUCUUGGGAACAAACAUUAUUAUUUCUCUUCUUCCUUUCUUACUGUUGCUCCUCUUUUUCUUUCUUGGCCUUUCAAACCACUUUUCUUGUCCACACACAUAUAUAUAUAUAUAUGUCAUGAAAAUAAAGUAAAGAGAAAGAGGGUAUUUGGGGUUAAUUUUUAAGUUUUUUUUUUUCAAAAACAAAAAAAAAUUAUGGCAUUAGAGACAGUGAUUUACAACCAAGAAACAUUUGGGUACGGUUGCAAAGAGUACUAUAAUAUCCCAGCUAGUAAUAAUAAUUUGUGUAAUUUUAAUUAUAAUUAUGAGUUAGAUUUAUUACAAGGCGAAGAAGUAGGAGAAAUGAGUUUUACAAGUUUGUUAGAUAAUAAUAAUAAUAAUAAUAUAGAGGAAUCUUCCUCAUCACCAGCACUGAUGCACAACAACAAUGCGAGAGAGUACAACAUUUGGGAUCCAAAUUCUUCCCUAGAAGAUCGUCAGCUGUUUAUGGAAGAGUCUCCGGCGGCUAACAGAUCCGCCGCCACCUUCGGCCGCCGGAAAAGAAGAAGGACGAGAAGUUGUAAAAACAAAGAGGAAUUGGAGAAUCAGAGAAUGACUCACAUUGCGGUGGAAAGAAACCGCCGUAAACAGAUGAAUGAGUAUCUUGCUGUUAUUCGAUCUCUAAUGCCACCUUCGUACGUUCAAAGGGGUGACCAAGCAUCAAUAAUUGGAGGAGCCAUAAACUUUGUGAAGGAGCUAGAACACCAUCUUCAAACCCUAGAAGCUCAAAAAAGAAGUCAUUUUCAAAAACAAGAACAAGAACAACAACAAGAACACUCGGAUCCUCAUGGCUCAACUCCGCUAUUUGCUGAUUAUUUCACUUUUCCGCAGUACUCAACCCAUUCAAAGAGUAUUUCUUCGCCAGCAACAACAUCUGUUGCUGCUGCCGGAUCACGUGACUCUCCACUAGCCACGGAGAAAAUGUCAGCGUUGGCGGACAUUGAAGUGAGCAUGGCGGAGAGUCAUGCCAAUCUCAAGAUACUAUCAAAGAGAAGGCCAAAACAGCUCUUGAAAAUAGUAGCUGGUCUUCAGUGUCUAUGGCUCACUGUUUUGCAUCUCAAUGUCACCACUGUUGACCAUAUGGUUCUUUACUCCCUCAGUCUCAAGCUAGAGGAAGGUUGCCAGCUAACUACUGCAGAUGAAAUUGCUGACUCUGUUAAUCAAUUGCUUGGCAGAAUCCAAGAGGAAGCUGCUUCAAGCUGAUGAUUGAAAAAAUAAAAUAAAAAAUCGGUUAGAUUGUGUAUGAGGUUUAACAACAAUAACAUAUCCACUGAAAUUCCAUAAGAUGGGAUAUGGGGAAAGUUGUGUUUAUCAGUAGACCUUACUCCUAUCUCGUGGAUGCAGAGAGGAGUAAGGGUUUAAUCUUUCUCAAAAAUGUCCUCACUCUUUUUUCAUUUAAUUUGCUUUUUCUUAUUUGAGUUAAUUCGAGUUCUUGUACAAGAUCCUAACAUGCUACUAUGGCUCUAGAAAAAAUUAACAAUGUCCAUGUAUAACUAGCUAGCUUUUGAAAGUUUUAUGAGUGUACUUUGUAAUUGUUCUCAAGUAAAUCUGCAGUGGUUUAGGAAUGAAUUAGACAAUAAAAAUUACUUCAUUUA